AUUAACAAGCCCUCGAUGAAGUCUGUGCUAGUAACAUUACUCCUCGGUCUACUGGUGGUCGUAGAUGCUGCCAACAAUACGGAAGCUACGGAUUGUGGACCCCAUGGAAGAUGGUCAGACUGUGCUGCAUUGUGUCAACCUUAUUGCUUUUCACCACCUCGACCGUCGCCCUGUACAUUACCGUGCCAGGCAGGAUGCGAAUGUGACGAAGGAUACGUUCGUAAACAAAACUUUUAUGGACCAUGCAUUACCGAAGACGAAUGUCUUUAUGGGCCUUAAACUCGCUGCACUCUGAGUGUUUUUCGAGUAGUGCAAUAAAUAAGAAAAUGCAUGAAUGUAAAUAUACAAAA